GCUUCAUUCUGAUUGGCUGCAGUGCAGCACACACCGCGUCGUGAACGAGCUAAAGCGCUGCAUCAUAAACUGAGCAUUUUGUUUGAUCGCAGUAAACAUAAAACACAAUAAACAGCAUCACUGGUUUAUUUCUUUAGCUUCCAAGCGUUAGCAAAGCCUUCUAAAGAUGUCUUUCAACGCUGGCCAUGGAUGCCCGAGGGGAAGACCAGCCGCUCCGCUCCCAAUGUAUCGUUCUGCUCCUCCACGGUAUCACUAUGACCCUUCGGCUGCUCCAGGUCCUAUCUAUAACCCUCAAGGCGGCAGUAACUACAUGCCACCUCAUCCUGAUUUCAUGCCAUUCCAUUUCCCAGCACCCUCACAGGGCUCUAAUGCUCUGCCCCAAUGCCCCGUACGCCCACCGGUCUUCCCAGAGCCGCCUCCUUUUCCUCCACCUGCUCCUCACAACUCAGACAGCUCCGCUCCAGUUCCGGUUCAGAGCUCUUACCCUUACAUGAUGCCCAACGUCACCCCUCCACCGCUUCCACCUGUGCCACCCUCAGUGCCACCUUCCAUGCCCUACCCGCCAUCAUAUCCCAUGAGCUACCCUCCACAGCUACAGCUCCCUCCUCCACCGAGCUUCAACCCAGCAUACGUGCAGCCCGGAGGUUCCUUCAAACCUGAACGCUCCCGCCCGCCUUUGCAAUACAAGUCGGACACCUGUUCCCGCUCCCCAGAAAGACUUCGUCACUAUGAUGACGACCACCGGCACAGGGGCCACAGCUAUGGAGGAUAUGGAGGCCGGCAUAACCGAGAGUUUGGAGGAGACAAACGGGACAGAGGGUGCAGUUCAGAGCGCAGGAGGUCAGACAGCCCACGGUAUAAAGCGGACUAUGAGAGAGGGCGUGUACCGUCAAGACACCGCAGCAGGUAA